AUGAUGACGGACGGUGGUGCUAUCGCAUCCACACCGACAGCUCUCAGCUGGCGCGACCUUCUCGUUCCCGACAGUCAUCUGCAAGACACUCUCGUCGUCGAGUACGGAAAUAUCGAUCAGAGCACGCUAGCAGAGACAGAGAAGCACACCACUACCAAAUACGACUAUGCACCCGACACCAAGGAUAUCCCUAUUCGUAUAUCGCACGUCAGCGACUUGUCCAAGCAUAUGCGGGAUGGGCUCAUAGGGAAGUUGAACGAGGGACAAUAUGCGAAUCAAGCCAAUCAGACGACUUACGCGCCCAAGGGGAAGAGCGUGCUCUCGCGUUUUGAAUCGAUGCAGGAGACCUUGCAAGACUCAACGUUGCAUACCCGCUACGAAGACGACUGCAACAAUAGCAUGGUUGCCAUUUCCAACCUUGUUGUGAAGGCAUACAAGUCAAUCACGUCACAAAUUGUAGACAGGACAUGGAACAACUUCGUGCUUCCGGAUUGCACAUACAAACCCGACACAAUCUUCUGCAUAGGGGGCACAGACAAGGUUGUCAUCUUGGGGGAGAACAAGGCCGCCGACGCAUUCAAAAAUGAUGUGGACGGCUUCAUCCAGGAGAUCCAGAAAAUGGGAGGUUCUGUAUCGCCUUUCGAGGAACCGCUCAAGGGACCACCCUUCACAGGUGCUCACGCUAUUCUCCUCAAGCUUGCCUCUGCGGCCGCCAUAGGCAAGACGCGUUGGGCAGUCAUUUUUGGCGGAGACAGAUAUGUCGUCAUCUAUAUCUCCUACCUUCACGACCGGAGACCCGUCUUCUACAUCUCUGACACCCAUCCUUUCAGUCGAAAUGGCCUGAACGAGGAUGCACGACAACCGGAUUUUGACAGAUAUCUGGCGCUCUGGGGUGCACUUGUCUAUAUGCUUCUGACCGUCGAUGAUACAGACGAAACCCUGAUGCAAGUGCUUCACCUCAGACGUCUUCCAGAAGAUAAUGUGCCGCUGCCACCAAUGGGAAGGCAAGAAACCGAUGACGGAAUUCUCCUAUCUGCCAGGCUCAACCACCAGCCUAUCAUCAGGAUGAGCGUUCACAUUCCCCACUUCCAGCCAAUUAAUCUCACUCUCGCCGACUGCCCGCUUCUCACGAAGGCUGGCGGAUCCACCCCGUUCGUUAAAAUCGAUCGUACUGAUGUGGGGAGGUGGUCGAUUGUUCAUACAUCGCCGAGCACGAACCUGGUCCUCAAGUUCCCGAAUCUAUUGAACGGGGAGGACGUGGGCGUAUGCAGACUCCUGGAAGAUGAAAGGCAAAUCUAUGAACAUUUGCCACGGCUCUGCAGGCUUGUCACGCCGCAUUUCUAUGGGGCUUAUGACUGGCAUGGUGGGCGGGUCCUUGCAUUCUCCUACGAAGGCACCUCGCUGGCCGAUCUCGGGGUGAGAUUCUCAUCGCUAGAGCUCAUAGAGAGGAUUUUACUCUAUUGCCAGCUCUGGCUUCUCCACCUGAACAAGAUACAACACAACGACUUUGAGACGAGGAACGUACUGAGAAAGGGCUGGGCAAGGUUCGUGAUCAUUGACUUUGCCCUUGCACGGGCCGACCAUGCAUGUCCGGGAUGGAGGAGCUGCCGCGAACUGGUGGAAGCCCGGCGUGCUCUGGGUUUGGAAGGCGUCAAGGACGCAGUAGCCCGGAUUCAAGGUGUCGUCAAGGGCAUUCGUGGAGAGCUUCUGUUUUUCCAUGUCAUCCUUGCUGUGCUUGCGUUCAUACUCGUCCUUAUUCUUCUUGUGCGCCAUGUGACUGUACCGCUUUAA